AUGUCCUUCUUUGGAUUCGACGCCACGCUCCCGGAGAACCGUCCGGCAGCGUCUGCGCAGAGGGGCAUUUUUGAGGCCCCAGACCCGUUUGCGGAGGUUGCUCGCGCUACAGCGGACAGGUCGGGCUAUAACGAUGACGAUGCAAUUGACUUUGAAGAUACCUACGACGGGCUUGGAGACCAGCUCGACGAGGCGAAUGACGAUUUCAACGACGACACGUUUGGCGAUGCUGCGGGAGAGCAGAGUCAGCCGGUGGGCAAGGACUUUGAUUUCUUUGGAAACACUGCUCAGAUGACGAACGUCUUGGGCGAGGAACAGGUGCUGUAUAACCUGCAGCACGGCUCAUCCGACACCGCCGCUCGACCAGUCCUGCCUACGCUUCCCAAACGAACCGGAUACGAGAAGUAUCAGGAUCCCGGGUACAUUCCUGAGAUCCAGGCAAAGUCGAGCGUAUGGGGAACUACAGCUACGCAGAAAGCAAAGGCGGCACCCGAGCCAGCUCAAAAAGAGCAGCCAGCUCCUGCGCCUGCUGAACCGCCGAGGAAGAUGCUUAGCUUGGAAGAGGUGGAGGCCCAGAUGCGGAUGCAAGCUAUGAGACCACCACCGCAACAGCAGCAGCAGCAGCAGGAGCAGAGCCAACCGCCGCCCCAGCACUUUCCGGGUGCCAUGCUCCCUACAGGCAUGCCACCGAUGCCAUUUCCCCAUCAACAUCAACCCCCGCACCAUCUAGAUGGACAUGGACAUCUCCCCGCUGAAGAAUUCCCUGUGGCAGCUCAUGGGGAUAUGCCUGCAGCAAUGAACCCAAAGAUAAUGGAGCUGCCGGAAGAACAGAGGAAUGCAAUUCUAAUGGAAGACGCAAAACGUGCGAAGAGGAACCACAAGAUAUUCCUCCUUUCAAAGGGGAAUGGUUUGAUGACGCCUCAGGAUAAGAACUUUAUUACUCGAAUACAGCUACAGCAACUGGUGACGGCCACAGGUAACACCGGUGACGCAAACCCAGAAUCUCUUCUCACCGAAGAUUUCUAUUACCAGGUAUACAGCCAAAUCCGCGGUGCUCCCCGUCAACAUCCUCGACAACCCCUCGGCCACUUUGCACAGACAUACCUAUCUCAGACUGGUGGACGUUCCGGUGGUAAUAUGAACAGAAAAUCCCAUUACAGCGGUGACAACCAUAUGCAACGCAUGCAGCAGCAAGUACAGAGGGCCGUGGAAGCAGCUAAACUAAAACCCAAGAACAAACAACUCAUCCUUGAAGGAAGUCUGGGGAAGAUAUCAUUUAGUAAUGCCAAGACCCCCAAGCCGUUGCUCAACAUCAAGCGUCCGGAGAGCUCUGACGGCCAGCGGCCAUCAACCGCAAAGAAAACGCAGCUCAGCCCGAGUGACCGCAAGUCAAUUCUCCAGAACAUCGAGAGUGUGUAUACCAUAUUGAUGAAGAUGGAGAACCUUGAGCGCCUCAUGCCACCACCCCCUAACCCGGAAGAGGACGAUGAAGAAGCCGUGGAACGACAAAUGGAAUGGAAGCGAAAGAUACAGUCGCUAAAAGAGAUAUUAUGGGAAAACACCAAGGUUUUGGAGCCAAUAGACUCAGUAGCAGCUACCAUCCACCCAUUCGUUGCAUUCUUGUCGUAUCCAAAGGGCAAGAAAGCCGUCCCCCGAAUCUUCCACCAAAUCGACCAGGAGCAGCGCAUCACGAUGCUAACCAUGAUCAUCUACCACUUGGAUACCCUAGACGUCGUAUCCAGAGCCCAACUUCAACCAGGCGAAUCCCAACCACCUGGACCCGUGCGUGAAGAGAUCGAUUUAUUCCACCAGGCUGUAAUGCCUAGCUUACUAGGAUAUGUGACCGAAGCUCCGAUCCACAUCGUCAUCGGCCUGCUCGGAUUGGUUAUUGAUAAAACGCACGUCCACACCGUGGCGAGGACGAAAAUUGGCCUUGGAAUUUUGACCAUGUUGUUGAGUCGCGCAGAGCUGGUCAAGGAAGCCGGUUCCGUCCCAGAGCAGGAAUUGAUGCAGUGGACUAAGGUUUAUAACCGAUUGUUUGACAGCCUGGAGCCUACUCUUGCCUACAUCUUCCCUGGCACGAUCAAUAGCGGUGAUGACAUGUAUGUUUGGCAAUUCCUUGCUGCUAUGGGUAUUGGUGCAAGCCCAGAGCAGCAGCAGCGGUUGGUCAUUGCUGUCAAGGAUCGAGUCAUGGAAACCGUCGCUCAAAGCAAAACGCUACCAGCAGACAUGGCGAGCCAGCGUUUGGGCAACGUCAACCUGUUCAUGCGUGCUAUUGGGCUUGACGUUGAACUCCUAGGAUAA